UUUUAAAAUUCACUAACAUUAAUUUUCCUGUUUUUAGCGAUUUUUCUUUUACACUUAUGUUAUGAAAAUAUUAAGCACUUUUAAAUUACUUAAAAAUGACAAUAUAUAACAUGUUAAAAAAUUUUUGACCUGUCUUCAGAUUGAUUAUACAACUGUAAGCCUUCGCCGCUAGAUGGCAAGUAGCAUUAUUUGUGAAUCUGCAAGUGUGAAAGUAAAAUAAUUAUAUAUAAAUAUAAGUCAUUUGCUAAGUUUACAAUCAAGUAUACCAAUUGUCGCUAAGUUACCAAUAAUCAUUUUCUUACGAAAUCCCGGAAAAGUGAUUCCAAGUUGCCAAUUACACAAGAUAGAGAAUGAAUUUAAGUCGCGAUACAAACCGCUAUAGUAACGGCGCCGCUAUAGAAGAGCUAAUCACGAUGGCAAGCGAUCGCUAAAAGAUGAACAAUACGAGAGAGCAAGAAAGAUUCGUAAAAGUGUUCGGAUGACUCAAAUUUUGCUGGCGAUCAUCCUGGGGUUGUUGGCCUACGUGUAUCUGUCAUGGCUGAAGACGAAAAAUUUUUGGAAGAAACUCGGUGUAAAGGGUCCGACACCCUUGCCGCUGGUCGGCAACUACAAGGACGCCAUCCUGGGCAAGAUGCAUUCCAGCCUGAUUAUGCAAAAGUACUAUGACGAGUAUAAGGAGGAACCGUUCGUCGGCACGUUCGGCCGUAACAUGCCCAUGCUCAUAAUGCGCGAUCCUGACCUCAUGAAGGACGUCCUUAUCAAGGACUUCAGCAGCUUUCCCGAUCGGGGCCUGAUUUCGAGAGAGUCCAAUGACCCUUUCAGUCAGAAUCUGCUGAAUCUCAAGCACAAUCGCUGGCGACCUUUGAGGAACAAACUUGCCCCGGUCUUCAGCUCGGGAAAAUUGAAGGACAUGUUUUACCUGAUCAUCGACUGUUCGAAAAUCUUCGGGAAGUACGUGGAGAGGGUGGCGGAAACCGGCGAGCCCAUAGAGUGUAUCGAGCUCACGGCAAAGUACACCACCGACGCGAUCGGCGUCUGCGCCUUCGGUCUUAACACCAAUUCGCUCGGCGACGAGGACAGCGGAUUCAGAAAAGCCGGUCGCGAUCUCAUGUCCAGCGGCACGAGGAAUGUCCUCAGGCGAAUGCUGCGCGAGUAUGUGCCGAAAUUGUACGGUCUUGUAUGGCCACUCGUGUAUAAUGGAGCCCUCGACUUUUUUUUUGACUCGAUGAAGGCGACCAUGGAAUACAGGAAGAACAGCAAGGAGAGACGAAACGACUUCGUCGAUUUGCUGAUGGAUUUGAGGAACGAAAAGUUCAACGAUUUCGAAAUGACAGACUCCCUGCUGAUAGCUCAGACGCUCAUAUUUUUCCUCGCUGGCUUUGAGACUUCGUCAACGACUAUAAGCAAUGCAUUGUACGAGCUGGCACUUAAUCAAGAGAUUCAAGACAAGCUCAGACAGGAAAUAAGGGAUACCCUCGAAAGGGAUGGUCAGUUUACUUACGAUAAUAUCAAGCAAAUGAAGUAUUUGGAUCAAGUAGUCAAAGAAACUUUGAGAAAGUAUCCACCGGGCAGCUUUUUAAUCAGAGCUGCUGCGACUUCUUACACCUUCAAAGGCACUGACGUCACAAUACCGAAAGAUACUCGAAUAAUGUUUCCGGUCUGGGCCAUACACAACGAUGCGGACAUUUACCCCGAUCCCGAAAAGUUCGAUCCCGAACGGUUCACCGAGGAAAAUCAAAAGAGCAGGCAUCCGAUGAAUUAUUUGCCUUUCGGCGAUGGACCGCACAAUUGCAUUGGUCUGAGAUUCGCCAAUUUACAAACGAAAAUUGGAAUAGCUACUCUGAUCAAGAGUUUCCGCGUGAAUCCGUGCAGCGAGACGUGCAUACCAUAUCGUGUUCAUCCAAGGUCAUUCAUUCCAGCUCCGAUAGGAGGGAUAGUUUUGAAAUUUUCCAAAGUAUAA